UGAAGUCAGAAUUGCGUCAGAUGUACUAACCACCCGCUGCGUCCAUAAACAAAAUAUAGGUGCAAGUUCUGACUCUGCCCCAGAGAUCUAUCGUAGUAACCUUUGGAACCGGCAUACAUAGCCUCUUAGAUAUCCUCGGGUAGUUUAGAAAGGAAGCAGAAACGUAUUCGAUUAUCAACUACAGAUAAUAUAUUUAUACUUUGAAGCGACAACACAAAGUUCUCAGACGAUCCUACUUCUUACAAUAUUCUUACGCGAAUAAUAGAAAAAAUAAACGAACCGUAAGUGUGUCGACUAGUGCAACUAUACCGCAGAUUUUUUUAUUUUUAUUUAUAAACGAGAUUUCUCGUUGAACUUUGGAUAAAGCUGAACCUAGGAUCGCAGUCGAUAAAUUCACUAAAUUGUCGGACGCUAGUUUUAGUGAUAUCGUCGAAGUGAUCGAAUCGGAUACCGAAAUUUCCUUGUGUCAACUACGCAGACGUGAUGUCGAGAAUCAUAGUGAACACCUUGAGGUCUUCAAGGAACCUCCAACAAAUCAGAUGCGUCUCCACCAUUCCAAGAAACUUCACAAAAUGCCAAAGAAAAACGUUCCACCAGAAGAAAGGAAUAGUCAGCGUUAUCCAGAGAGCACAACACACUUCCCCGGUAACAAGUAGGCUUGGGGACGUAGUCAUAGAGUCUCCUUUCAAGGGCAGCCCAACCCCAAACCAGAACCUUGUCGAAUUCCUUUUCAACGAUCUUGAAGAAAACGCUAUGGAGUUUGAUUCUUUAACUUGCGGAUCGACUGGCAGAUCUUACAAUUUUGGAAUGAUGAACAUGCUGAUACACAAAUUUGCGCAGGCUGUCAUCGAGCAUUGCCAGAUGAAACCUAGAGAGGUUAUAGGAUUGCUUCUUCCCAAUAUACCGGAAUAUGUGGUAGUUUGCCAUGGAGCCAUGAAAGCAGGACUUCCUGUGACUUUUGUCAAUCCUUUAUACACAGCUAAUGAAAUAAAGAGACAGUUCCAAAACUCCGAGGUGAAGCUGAUAGCCACGGUUCCUCAACUGUUGGACGUGGCUCUAGAGGUUGGGUCCGAACUGGUUGGUUACAGAGGCACAAUCUGCGUAGGUGGCGAAGAUGACCUGGGCAAAAGAGUGUUCGGACUCAGAAGCCUCCUGAUGGCAGAUUACGAAACCGAACUACCUGGUAUAAAUCCAAGGGAACUGGCUAUCAUACCCUAUUCGAGUGGCACCACUGGAGUUCCCAAAGGUGUGAUGCUGUCCCACCACAAUCUGGUAUCGAACAUGACACAAAUAAUGCAUCCUGAUAUCAAAAUAGAUAACGAUCCAGAUUCCCCAUCAACAGUCUUCACAGUUCUGCCAUUCUUCCACAUAUUCGGCUUCAACUCCAUACUCAACAUCAGUCUUAAGCUCAGACUGCAUCUGGUGACUCUUCCUAGAUUUGCUCCAGAAGAUUACAUCAAGUGCUUGGUGACUUACAAGCCUAGACUCUUGUUCGUAGUACCAUCCUUGGUUACUUUUCUGACAGAAAAUAGCAACGUUCGCAAAGAACACUUGGCCAGCGUUGAAAACAUAGAGUCUGGAGCUGCCCCACUUUCCGAUGGUCUGUUGCAGAGGUUCAAGCAGAAAUUUGGUGAACACAUCCAAGUCAGACAAGGAUAUGGCAUGACAGAAAGCUCGCCUGUCACUCUACUCAAUCCUAAAAUCCCCUUACCAACAAAACACAGUUCGAUCGGUGUACUUGUACCGGAUACUUUUGGUAGAGUUGUAGAUCUUGCAACUGGAGAUACGUUAGGACCAAACAAGCCUGGAGAAUUGCAAGUUAAAGGGCCUCAAAUAAUGAUGGGGUAUCUAAAUAAUGAAAAAGCUACUAACGAAACUAUCGAUGAAGAUGGUUGGUUACACACCGGAGACAUUGCUUAUUACGAUGAUGAUAAAUACUUCUAUAUUAUAGAUAGGUGUAAAGAAUUGAUAAAGGUCAAAGGAAACCAGGUUUCCCCAACAGAAUUGGAGAAUCUGCUUCUUGAAAUUCCCGAUGUUUCGGAUGCUGCUGUAGUUGGAGUUCCUGAUGCUUUAGCAGAUGAAGUACCUAGAGCAUUUAUUGUGAAGAAGGAAGGAUCUGAACUUACCGAUAAGGAUAUAUUGAAAUAUGUUAACGCAAGGGUAGUACAUUAUAAGAAAUUGGCUGGUGGUGUAGUGUUUAUAGACGUAAUUCCUAGAAAUCCAAGUGGAAAGAUUUUGAGGAACGAACUGAAGUUGAAUGAAUGUAAAUAUGUAAAAAAUUGAGAUUAUAAUUAAGAUGAAUUUACAGCGAGAUUUGUAACAUUUGAUAUUAAAUUGAGAGACAUUUUUUUUAUUAAUUAUACGAAGACAAUCCUAA